AUGCAGCAAUUCGAUCCAAAUCGCCUGAAUCCCAGCUUCAGCGCCCGAUAUGUCUUGCGAGACAUGCUCGGUUCUGGCGGAUUUGGCUUUGUCUACGUCGCUCAGCGACUAUGCGAUGGCGUCGAAGUGGCCGUCAAGUUCAUCCGCAAGUCCAAGGUGCAUCCAAACAGCUGGAUACUCGAUUCCGAUCUUGGGUGGGUCCCAAGCGAGGUGUUCAUUCUGAAACGCAUCCAGCAUCCCAAUGUCAUCCGAUUCCUGGAAUAUUACGACGACGACCAUUUUGGCUAUCUAAUAACAGAAAUCCACGGUGCCCCAUGGACUUCCAGCCGGGAGGCUCUCGAUUCGUCCCUGAAUGGCUCGACUGGUCCAGUCAGCACCGGGUUUCCGUCGCCACUGACGCCCAAUUCAUGCGAGUGGUCCCAGUCCUCAACGGGCACGUACGGCUGCCCACAUCCUCCAUCGGUCGACUCGCUUGCGUCGGCCACCUCGCCUCCGAUCUCGCCAGCACAGUCUCUGGACGGCGAUCCUGCGCCCAAGAAGCCGCCUUCGUUGACCCGCAAAAGCUCGCGCGAUCUGUUCGAGUGCAUCGAGCAGCAUCAGCGCUUCACCGAGGAUCAGGCCAAGUUUGUCAUGAAGCAGAUCCUGACUGUUGUCCGCGAUCUGCACGCUCUCGGAAUCAUCCAUCGCGAUCUCAAGGACGAGAACAUUCUGAUCAACGAACGGUUUGAGGUCAAGCUCAUCGACUUUGGCUCGGCCACCAUCGUUGCGCCAGCACAGCCUGUGGUCUUCAAUUCCUUCCAAGGGACCGUCCAGUUCGCCUCGCCGGAGAUGCUCCGGGGUGAGCGCUAUGGAGGUAUUGAGGCCGAUGUCUGGGCACUCGGCACCUGCCUGUACAUCAUGCUCACCGGCGAUGCUCCGUUCCAGAGCAUCCAGCAAGCCUCCUUUGGCAAGAUCAACGAGCCCAGGUGUCCGCUUUCCAAUGAAGCCGUACAUCUGAUCUACUGGAUGCUGUGCGUCAGCCCUCACGAACGAGCGACCCUGUUAGAUGCUCUCAGCCACCCGUGGUUCUACUGCUGA